ACACACACACACAAUCAAUAUUUUGCUGCCUGCUGGAAUCAAUGGCAGGCCAACAGGAUAUCUGCUUCUAGGGAAAUAUUGAUUUGAGGAUAAAAGAUGGCUGCUGUUUACAAAAUCAUUCAGCUGACUUGACACUUGUGCUGCACUGAAGGAGUUUACUUGUAAUGACAGUUUAAGUUAUUGAUCAUAUGUACAUUAACUGAGCAUCAGUCUGAUGAUCAGAAAAGUUUCUUUCUUUCAAGAAUCAAUUCUAUACCAAAUCACCAAAUGUCAUGUGGAACAAUGGUAGAGGAAGUACCCCAUGAUAUAAAAUAGCUAAUGUAUAAAUUACCCCUUAUAAUGUAAGUGAUAUACAGAGUAACAUGUAAAAUGUAACAAAUGAUUUACACUUUCUAUGUAGAACAUCUGUUUAGUGGGGAAGAUGCUGCAGGCGGACAGACAAUGUCAGAAGAUGAAGAUGAACCGACCCCGUCCUGGCACCUGGGCUCGUUGCUGCCCGAGCUACUGCAGGCAGAGUUUGUACCUCAUGUGUCCAUCCUAGUCCUGGCCGUGACCCUACUACUACCACUGAUAAUCAGCGGAUGGAGAUGGCACUCGGAGAAACCAAACAAAAAAUUGCCUGGUGAUUAUUUCUUUCUUUAUUUUAAUUUUAAAAUGCCCAUGAAAGUCAAUUUCAAAUUUCGUUAGAUUGCACAAGGCAGUGGCAAUUACUUUUUUUUCCUUAAAUUGAAUGGGCAGCAUUUUUGGCCAACUGCAGAUUUUUCAUGGAAGUGGAUGGAACUAAACCUAGUUAUGCUACUGCCUCUGAGGGGGGCAAAGUCUGGAUCAAUUAACACCCUUCCUUAAAAAAGUAAUGACAAUUUUUAUGGUUUCUGAAGAUGACAUCCAAAGUGCGUGUCCCCUCGUGCCCCCCCCCCCCCCCCCCCCCCCACCACCAUCAUUUUUCUCAAAGCUUUUGAUAUAAAUUAUUUUAGUACCUGAUAAAUUAGGAAAAUCUCCGGUCUUAUAGUGUUAAAAAAAAGAGAGGAGAUAAAACUUGGUCUUGUACUCAAUAAAGCUCAAUUCAUCUUAUUAUUAUCCUCAUAGUAUCAAACUCUACUCGUAAUGGUAUCAAUAACAAUCUGGAAUAAGAUUUACAAAAAAACACUAUUUUAUUUAUUUUUAUUUUCACAAAUGUUUUGUGUUAAUGGUUCUCUAAACUGUCAAGUGUGUCUAGAAGCACAAGGCUUCUCAGACUUUGCAUAGAACAGACCAUCCGUAACUAUGCAUAUCACAGCAUCGACAGAAUGCAAUUUAUUUGAUCUGCUUAAAUUUGCAGCAUGUGCUAACACUUUGUAGUACCAACCCCUACAGAAGCACAGGAAAGUGAGGGAUGGUUUGCACUGGUCUGCUCACCUUUUUGUUUGCUAUACUUGUGGUCUAUUGCGCUGAAAAUAAAAAUAGAACAGCUCCUUGCCAUGCCAGAAACUUCUUAUUUAUCUAGAGAAUCAAUAUCUACUGAUAUAAAAAUGCUUAUCCGUAAAUUUGUUUGAAAGAAAUUUUAAAUCGUUCACACGAUCUAAUUUUUUGACCCAUUAUUUUGUUUUACCAUAUAGUAUAGUGAGUUUAAAAAGAAAUUUGACAAGAAUUAGAUCGUGUGAACUGAAAAAAACUUCAGUUCGACCAAACUUCUGUUCCACCAAACUUCCGUUCGAUCAAACUUCCGCCGAUCAAUUUUCCGUCGAAGAAAUUUCCGGUAACCAUAAAAAUGCAGCAAAACAGAGAAAUUUUUUUAUGGCAGGUCCCUGGUCCUGGCCUAUAUUUGGACACGUGAAAACCUUGUUUAAAGCCCCACAUACCACGCUGACCAAAUUCCAUGAAACAUACGGUGAUAUCUACAAGGUCAAGGUUGGACAAUGCACAGUGGUGGUCGUUGGGAGUCUUGAUGGGAUCAUGGAAGGCCUCCAUGACAGAACAGACACGCUCUCAGGCAGACCAGACUUUCAGAACUUUAGUUUUCUCUAUGAUAGUGAGGAAGGAAGACAACGAGGUUGGCUCUUUGUCUAAAUACUGUUAUAUUAAUAAGUUGUUUCUUUAACCUGCCUGGAAACAUCUCUAUGUCUCAACUGAAAUAUUUAAAUAAAAACUAGGUAGAAGUCAUAGGUAGGAUACAUUUAGAUAUAUAUAUAUAUAUAUAUAUAUAUUAUUUAAUUUUAAUUUAUACAUAUUUGAUUUUUUUUGUACUGAUGAAGGUAUUUGCCAAACCAUCUACAUUUGUUUUUUGUAAAAUCAUAAUUAAAACUGAACAUAUAUUGUUUUAUUUACACAUAUUAUUUGGUCUAAUUAAUCUAUUUUAGAGCUUUAUUGUAGUCCAACACUCUUCUAAUACUUAAUUUAGAAUUUAUUUAUGACAUCAAUCCUUAUUUGAUUUUUUUUUAAAACCAAAAGUCCGACUUUUCUAUCAACAGGAGUGUGCACAGCUGACAACACAGAGAAAAACCACGUCCGUAGAACAUUUCUACUGACUAGUGUUGAUGCUUACUGCUCUGAUGUGUCGCACAUUGAGGAAAAGUUAUCUUCCGAAAUCAUUGACACUGUCAAUCGCCUCAUCGACCAAUCUGGUGCCUUUGACCCACUUUUGCUGUUCAAGUCUGCUUGUUUUAAUAUCACAUUUAGGUAAGGUGGGUUUUUUUGGUUUAACAGUUUUUUGAACCUCAGACUUCUCAUGUAGAUGGUUAAAAAAUUUUAACCUAUUUGAUCCCUUAGUUAUCAUGCUAUUAACACUAAAAAAAAUUUUAAAGACAGUCAUACGCUGAGUAAAAGUGCUUAAUUAUUUAUUACUACUCACUUUUCAACGUGUUGGAUUUUAACUAAUCAUUCGUCAAGUUGAUCAAUUUCAGCCCAUCAUUUGUCAAGUUGAUUGAUUUCAGCCAAUCAUUAGUCAAGAUGAUUGAUUUCAAUCAUUUUUGAAGUUGAUUGAUUUCAGCCAAUCGUUUGUGAAGUUCUACUAUUUCAACCACGCUUUGAGUAACGCACUCAUUAAAAGACGGUUUCAUCCUACUCUUCUAUACUCCAUCUCCUAAUAAUUUCAGGUUGGUGUUUGACCAGAGGCUGGAUCCACAGGGCAGUCGCAUGAAAGAAACUCUAACAACAGUAGAGAACAGGAGAGAAGCACUCCACUUCAACUCCGUGGAUUUCUGUCCCUUGCUCAAGAUCUUUAAGACUGAUGACUACAGGGAGUAUAUUCAGGUAUAGUAAGCUUUUAAUGGUUAUUAUUUUGUGGAUGGUAUCAAGUGUUUGUCUAUGUUAAUUUUUAUGACAAAAUUUUUAAUAAACUGAAAAGUCACACCAAAACAUAUAUUUUUUAGCAAUUUCCAAAUUUAAUUUUCAUUAUUGAAUAACAGCAAAGAGCUUUUCUGUAUUUAUUUGCUUUUUUGUUUGUUUGUUUGUUUAGCUCAAGUGUAUCACAAUACAACUAUAGUCUGCUCUUGUUGCCACAAUUAUGUACACACUGGAAUUAUUUACAUAACACGUUUUUUCAGAGCACGUGACAUAAUUUUAUCUGCUUAACAUAAUUUCCCAUCAUUUACACACUGAUGUUAUAUACAUUGCAUAUCCUCAGAAAUUCUUACAAUUUUAAACCUUAGAGCUGAAACUGAAAUAAUUACAGUUGAAGCUUAAAUAAUUUUUUGAUGUUAAUUUGUCUUGUUGAUUCGUCAGAACCGUACAUUGGUCCAGCUGGCAGUUCAACACAAGUAUUUGAACAUACAUAAAGAUUCCUAUGAUGUUAACCACAUACGAGACAUGGCUGACCACCUCUUGCUCUAUGUGGACAAUGGUGAAGACUUUGGUCUACUGGGGAAAGAGGACCUGGAUUACCUCCUCUUGGACGCCCUGACCUUCGGGUACUACGGCACAGCUGUAACAUUGACAUGGCUGCUAGGCUACAUGGCAGAUAACCCCAAGAUACAAAGACAGAUCCAGGAAGAGCUGGACUCAGUGAUAGGUCACGACAGACUCCCAGGGGUUGAGGACCAGCCUUUCCUCCCCUUGACGACGGCAGCCAUCUACGAGUCCUUGAGGCUAGCCACAAUCUAUCCAUUUUUAUUGCCCCAUUCAGCUGUCCAGCACACCUUUUUGCAAGGUAGUAACAUUAGAGCAGGAAUAUGCAGGAUCCUUGUUAGUUAAUUUAGUUUUGUGUUUUUUUUAAUCAAUGUCCAACUAUAAGAAUGUUUAUAACUUUGUCAUGGAUUAACCAUUCAGCUCUAAAGUACCCCAGCAAUUUCACCCCCAAAUAAAAUUAACAAUGUUGUUAUAAUUAAGCUAUGGAUUUUUAUUGAUAUAAUUAAGCUAUGGAUUUUUAUUGUUAUAAUUAAGCUAUGGAUUUUCAUUGAUAUAAUUAAGCUAUGGAUUUUCAUUGAUAUAAUUAAGCUAUGGAUUUUCAUUUAUAAUUCACAACCUAUAGCAAUCCAGGGGAAGAAAGGUGCGAACGACAAUGCAAAAAUAAACAUUUAACAUUCAGUGUGUGGGAUAGAUAUUUAAUUUUUUUUAAAAAGACACAAUACUUUAUUUUCUGAUUCUGGCUACACCACUUGUUUUUCUAGACCUACCACUACGUACUGUAGAGUUAAAUAUUAAUUAAAACAACAUUAUACCCUGACAGGGAUAGAUGUGGCAGAUAUUGAAAUGGUGAGACUCAAACCAACUAAAAAAAAUUAUUCCCUUCGCUGUCAUUUUUUUUAAGGGUAUCCCAUUGCCAAAGGCAGCAUCAUAUUGUUUAACAUCUGGAGACUUCACCAUGAUCCUAAGUUGUGGAAAAACCCAUACCAGUAUAAUCCCAAAAGGUACGUGGCGUCAAUCUCUUUGAAACGUCUUUAGUAAAAUACUUUUUGCCCUAAAAAUGUGCAAGCAGUACAGUUCCGCAGUUUAAAAAUUCACUGCUUGAAGAGAAAAGGUUGGCGAAUAUGCCAGCCUCAUGUUUGUUGCACCAAACCUGAUGGUUUGCAACCUGCUGGCUUGCAACCUGCUCUGCCAUCUGGCGGGCAAGGCAGGGAAAGCAGUUUGCAACCAAGGAGCAACCCAUACCUUAUGGUUUUAAAACUAAUGAAUGAAUGGAUGAAUUAUAAUUUUAUCAGGAAUUAAGUUUCCCCAAAAUAUUAAGUUUGUUUAAUUAUUGAUAAGCUUCAAAGUAGGUAUAUUUGUUUUAAGGAUUCAAGAAGCAUCCAUAAACAAGUAAAUUUAAUAAUUGUUAAACAGUUCAGGGAUAUGAAAAUAAUAAUAAAAUAUCCUGUGUCAUGUUUAAAAUUCUCUUUGUUCAAAUUUUUUUUUAGGUUCAUCAAUAAGGAGAAAGUGCUAGAAAUCCCAGACCACUUUAUCCCAUAUGGAGCAGGCAGGCGGCAGUGCCCUGGGGAAGGCCUGGCCGACGUAGUGCUUUUUCUUUUCUUUGCAACCAUCAUGCAACAGCUGACAAUAUCGGCCGACCAGGGCUUCCCGCUAACAGCAGAAUAUGACUGUGUCAUCAAACCAAAAUCUUUCACCAUUUCUGUCACGGAGAGAGAUUAAAGAUCCAACGACUGAAUCAUAAUAUGUUAAAAAUAUUUCAGUAGAGAUAAUAAUAAUAUUUCAUCUUAAUAAUAAAAUGAGAAGUAUUCAUUCUCUUGGCAAAAAAUUUUACAAAAUAGUCCAUGUAAAUCAUGAAGCUAUAUUUGGCACUAAAUAUGCAAUGGGAAGGAUACUUACACACCAGCUAUUAUAAUGGGUGUCAUGACUAAUAAUACAUUAAAGAAAAGAAUCCCCCAAAAGAUUGAAGUUUGAGAAUCCCUUGUCUAUAAAACUCAUGGCUAAUUUUUAAAUAAAGAACCCCAGCUUGAUUGUUGAUGAUCUGCAUGUUAUGUACCGGUAUUUAGUUUUUAAAAAAAUAACAAAACACAAAUGAGGAUGUGGGUGUUUCCUACAUUGUGAAAGAAAAAGUUUAUUUUCCUCCUAUCACCUAUGAAUUAUGGGUAAAUUUCUUUUCAUAAAUUCAUUUAUUCAAUCACUGUUGGAAGUUUAUAUUUGAAUUACCUGUUUUAGUUAUGUCAGUAACACCGCCAUAGGAGUAGGAUAGCAAAAAAUUGUGUGCAGUUAAAAUAUACAUAUAUAUAGUGUUAACUGACAUUACCUGCACGUAUAUUAUCUUUCAUUUUAAGAGAUGUAAGUUGAUGGAGUGUUGUAAAAAGAAAAUAAAACAUUGCUCACUGGCACUAGAAGGGAAGUCAUUGACCACCUGGCUAAACCAGCCACAUGACCUGGACAUGUAGAGGUGUACAUUUUGCGAUUAAGAAAGGAUCUUUGGCGUUUGGUGAUAAUGACUCCCUUGACAAUGUCAGUCAUCACAAUUUAAACAGCUAAUGCAAAAUAUGCCAGUGGGAUUACAUUUCAGUGGGAUAUUAAAAGCUUUUUAUUUAGUACAGCACUGAAAGUGGAUCAAUCCAAUGAAACAGCCAAGUGUCGGGCAAAGUGGUUAUAAACAAAAAAAGUUUCAUGACAUUUUUAAGGAUAGGGCAGUUGGCCAGGGUCAUGUAGUUCGUUGGGAUUAUUAUUGAGUCUCUUGGGUUAUAUCUGUAAACACAAAUUAGCUCAGAACCAUUGACAGUGAUAUACAUGUGAUAAAUACAUAUUGAAAUGGAUAAUAAUCAUUAUGGUACUUUUUUACCCUUAUGAUGUACCCUUACAAAGAACAUUUAUUGUUUAGAAUAGAUGGCAUUUUAUUCAAUUUAUAUUUAUUUACCUUUCAAGAUACAUCAGAAAAUCUUCAGAUGAUCUUAAUUUUACAAUUUUCAUGUGUAAAAAUAAAUUCAAUACAGUACAAAGUAAAACAGAUUUUUUUUUUACAAGAAAAUUUAAAUAAAUACAUGGAAAUAAAUUAAUGGGAAUUUAAAGAUAGACAAUAAAUUUUUUUUUUCAAUAUUGUGAUUUCAGGAUGCAAACAUUUCUAAAUAAACAUUGUGAUUAAAUUGAUUGUUAUGUUGCUGAAAAUAUAAUUAUACUAUUGCUUUGUAUUAUACAGCUGAUUUAAAAAUACUCAUCUAUUGAAACUGCACAUUUAAAAUACGGUAUUUUAGGGACUGUAAGACAGACUUUUUUCUUUUAAAAAUUGCCUCCAAAAUUCAGGUGCGCCUUUUACUCGAAAUUAAGAUAAAAAUGGUAAAAAUGUUUGGGUUUUUUUAGUUCUUAAAAAUUAAGGUGCGUCUUAUAGUCCGUAGCGUCUUAUAGUCCAUAAAAUACGGUACCUAGUGUUAUUUCUAGAGAGAUAAUAUUAUUUAAAUA